AAAAAGAGUACACGUUCCAUCUCUGAGAAUUUUGGGUUUCUGGUGUCAGAUACGACGACGCACAGACAAUCCAACCACCACCUCCACCGUCUUCUUCCUCCUCCUCUGCAAAAUCUAUUUUAGGGUUUCAGAAAACCACCGGAGCCCGAAUAUACACCUCCUGAAAGAAAUAAAGAGAAAUCUCGUACUUUCUUCUCAGACGACGGCGUACCGCUGCAUAUCUACUUUAGGGUUUCAUGUCCUUCGUAGCUUUCAUGACUUAUGAAUGGAGAUUGCCUCUAGUCUCAUUACCUUCCUCUCGUUCCAACCGUUCUUUGUGGCCGCAAUAGUCACCGUGCUCUGUCUGCUACUCGCUCUCCUUGCCGUCCGAUCAGUGCGGUUCCCCUAUUUGGAGACCCCCCAAUCAGACGGGGUGGACUCCGUCGCGUCUGCGAAUAAGGUUUGCAAUUGCGUUUGCUCGUGUAACGGUGGUUUCGGGGCUCCCGAUUCGGAAGCUACGGUUGCGCCGUACGUGAACGGCGGGACAGCUAGUAUGGUGGAGAAGGCUUCGUCGGUGGCGGUGGCGGAGAGACUGACGGGCGCGUCGAUGAUGGAGCAGCUGGUGCCGGAAAUUACCACGCACGCGCUGAGCUACUUGGACUUUCCGAGCCUGUGCCGCCUCUCGAUGACCAAUUCGCUCAUGCGCAAGGCCGCCAACGACGACAAUGCGUGGAAAGCGCUUUAUCACAAAGACUUUACAUUAGAACAAGAUAGCGUGACGCCUGCCAAUGGGUGGAAGGCUUACUAUGCGGCUACAAGAGCCAUUGUGACUAUUAAUGCUGAUUUCUUCAGCAUCAUCAAAGAAAGGUCUCUUCCAGCAAUGAGUCACUUUUGGCUAAAUGCAGAUUAUGUAAAGUGUGUUCACGCCUCAGGAGAACUGUUUUCAGGGUAUAAUGCUGUAAUACAGAGUUGGCAGCUUGCAUUCAAUUGGGAGCACGGGUUCAACUUUCAAGUUCGGGAUGUGCGGGCUCGGGUUCUGACAGACACGGCUUGGGUUACCAUGAAAACGUAUGUUGACAUCGAUUCUGGGCCAUUCAACGUAACUAAUGUGUUCGAGUUGCAUAAUGGGAGGUGGUAUAUGGUGCAUCAUCACAGUUCUGUGCUGACGAUUGAUGGUGAGGUGGAGGAACCAAUUGUGCAUGCAUAAUAGAAGAAGAAGAAGAGAUGAUACCAGUGAGAUAUCUAACACUAGUCACAAAAAAAUAGUGGUGGUAUUUGUUAGCUGGAGCAACUUGGUUGAAAUUCCACUAUGAUUUCUUUGGAUUAUCCUUUUUCAGUUGCCAACCUCAGUUUUGGCCCUUUCGUGAUUAAAAAAAGAAAGGUCUCCUUUAUUUUUUGUCUACACUUUUUGCUAGAUCAAUUGCAUAGGAAUGAGCACGAAAAGCUUGAAGGGAUUAAAUUACAAAAAUUAGUUCCAAAUAACUUAUUGUUCAACCCCAAGAAGAGAGCGGAUUCAGGGAUAUUGAUAUUGUAAUUGCAAGAAAGUAUUGGACCGAUGAA